AUGCGUAGGGACGAGGAAUCCGUUACCCCGACUGAGGGGCAAGCCGAGCAAGGGAUGGUGGAGCUAUUCACCAUCAGGGACGAGCUCGAGCAAUACAUGGAGGAGAACCCAAACUCCAAGUUUGGGACAAAAACUCACUCCCGUAGUAUACUUGAGUUCUUUGACAGAAUGAUCAAUGUAUACAAAACAACCAAGAAGCCAGCAAAUACAGAAAUAGAAGCAAUCUCCAAGAAGCUUGACCAGCUGAUAGAGGACGGUAAAAUGAGACAUCAACCAGUACCAACCUAUGCGGAGAAGGCCAAGGGACCCACACCCGCAUCGAAGACAAACCACAAAACAUCAGUUAUCAUCGUAGAAAGUGUUGACCAAAAGGAGGACGCAGAAACCAUAAAGAAGAAGCUGAAACAACACCUCAACCCGAAGGCCCUCAAGGUGGGCAUAACCAAAGUCAGGAAGAUAAGAAAUCAAAGCAUCCUAGUGGAGCUGGAGAAACAAGGAAGUGAAGGCAACAUCAUCGAAGAGAUCUGCAAAAUUGAGAAACUAACCGCAAGAGAACCUAAAAGGAUCUUACCCAAAAUAGCGAUUUACAACGUACCAGCCGACAUCGGGAGGGAAGGAAUCAAAGAGGCUAUAUACCAACAAAAUAUGAAGAUAGCAGAACACUACUCGAACCAGGAAGAUUACGAAAAGGACAUUAACAUCAAGUAUAAAUGGGGCAGAAGACCCGAGGUGAACCACUGGGUUUGCGAGGUGGCGCCCAAACUUAAGAAAAUACUAUCAAGAAUAAAGAAAAUCAACAUAGACUGGGUUAGAUGCAGCGUCGACGACUACUACAACAUAGUCCAGUGUUUCAGAUGCUGCAAAUACGGACACUUUGCUAAAGAAUGUUCAAGCGAUCGGGCCUUCUGUAACCACUGUGGGGGAACAAGGCAAACAACUUCGUCCACAAAGCCAACGAUAACUGCUGCAGUGAAAGAACAAGAAUAA